UUUUUCAGAUUUUAAAAUUCCUGCCCGGUGAACAUGGGAGCAAGUGUUAAAUGUGUUAUCACUGGAACCAACAUUAAAGCACUUGGGCGUGCUAUUCACUCCCUCUCAAGAAUUGGCGAAGAGCUAUAUUUUGAGCCUUUAGAUGAUGGGCUCUGCCUGCGUUCAGUGAACUCUUCAAGGUCGGCUUAUGCCUGCUUCAAUUUUACGCCACUCUUCUUCCACAGCUUUGAGGUCACUGGCGAAUCAUGCCACUGCAAAAUCUACAUGAAGUCCGUGAUCAGUGUUUUCCGCUCUUUGCCGUCACUGGAGAAGACUGUGGAGAAAUGCCUUAUAAGCCUGAACACCAACAGUAGUCGUUUGGUGAUCCAGCUGUUUUGCAAAUAUGGAGUAACAAAGACACACAACCUAUCAUAUCAGGACUGUGAGUCUCUUCAAGCUGUAUACAAUCCAGACAGCUGCCCAAAUGUGCUCAGAGCACCAGCCAGGCUGCUUUCAGAUGCUGUUGUGCAUUUUCCAUUGACACUUGCAGAGGUGACACUGAUGGCCAGUCCUUGUGGAAAAGUCACACUUAAGAACUAUGUGGAGGAUGAAGUAGAUCCCAGCAAGGCGAUGCUGACAGAGUUGUCCCUGAGCAGGGAGGAAUUCCUGGUCUAUCAGCUCCAGAAGCAGAGUCAGAUCACAUUUUGUUUGCGUGAGUUCAGGGGUCUCCUUGGUUUUGCAGAGUCCAGUUGCCUCCCCAUCUCGAUACACUUUGAUAGUGCUGGCUGUCCAGCAGUAUUCAGCGUGGAUGACACAGUCCUUGAAGUACAUUUUGUCCUGGCCACCUUAUCAGAUACAGAUCAUGCCUCACAGUCUCAGAACCAAAGAGCUGCCUUGCCUGAUAAUGAUGAUGAUGAUUUUCUGGGUGAUGACCUGGACUACAUGAUUGCCAUGGAAACUACCCUGGCAGAAACAUCCUCCCCUCCACAUAGUCCAACCUUUAGCAGUCGGCCACUCCCAAUUCUCGCCCAGGAAGAGCAAGCUGUAUCUUCAGGAUGUGAAGAUGAGGCAGAAAGGGAGGUUCCUGGAACACCCCCAAACAAAAAGUUCAGGUCUCUGUUUUUUGGGUCUGUCCUUCAAAGCUCUGGCCAGACAGCCCAAGAAGUUCUGGCUGAAGACAGUGAUGGAUGAUGUUGUGGAGACAAGAUUUCAGAAGUGAACUUUCUUUCUUGAAUUUCAUCUGCAG